AUGGCGAACCAGCCGCCGACCGCACGUCCCUGGCUGCGCCGACUUGCGUCGCAGACCCGAGUGGAGCCACAGCCGGCACCGCCCCCUCGAGGUCCGCCGAUCCGCCAAGCCUCGCUCGCUCUUGGUAGGGCAGGUCUGUUGCCUACGCAAGCUCCAACACAGCCUGCACCGGCCCAAACCCAACCACCGCCACCAACCCGGACUCAGGAAACACCACGGCCUGCAUUGAAAACCACCAACGGUGCCGCCGCCAUAUCUGCGGUACCGACACCACAGUCAGUGCCGUCACAGCAAACCCUGCAUUCCUCCCCAACUCCGCAGCAGUCUCCUAUGGUCAUCAAGACUUCAUCCCCAACGCCACCUCGAUCCCCCAGGACUAACUUGACGCAGCCUCCUGCCACUCCGGUGCCACAUCCUGCGCCUGAACCUAUGCGGCCAAAGCUCGCUAUCGAACAAGGCAAUGCCAACACAAGAGGCGCCGGCAAUGGUGCAGGGAAUAGCCACAACAGUAAUCACAGCAACUCCAUGCACGACAACAUGAAAGGACCCGCUGCUUCCCCAAAGACAGACGAGAAGAGUUCAGCGACAGAGAACGGCAGCGCAGGGAAGUCAGCUACCAAGAAGAAGGAGAACGAGAACGAGACGAAGGCCAUUACCAUUGCAGGGUACAACGUGGGCGCCUACAUGGAUCUAGGCUCUUCCCACGGUCGUCAGAUCGGAAAGCAGCAGCUUCAUCACGCGAAAGGUGAGUCUCAGGCUGAGGACGCGAACGACACCGAAGGGAAGACGACGAAGACAGCAAGCAAGCGGAAGCCAAUGAUCUCAUCGGUGAACAGCAAUGUGCAGAGUGUCAACAAUUCAUUGCUCUUCAACGCCUCCUGCGCCCAGGGCAGCCCCGGCGUGCACAUUAACAUCAACCUCAUUAGGAGGCGCCACCCCGAAGACAGCAACUCCUCCACCCAAAAGAACCAUCCAUCUCUGCGCUGA